AUGAACGACAUCUACAAGGCAGCGGUUGAGCAGCUGACAGAUGAACAGAAAAAUGAGUUCAAGGCCGCCUUUGACAUCUUCGUACAAGACGCGGAAGAUGGCUGCAUCAGCACCAAAGAGCUGGGGAAGGUGAUGAGGAUGCUGGGUCAGAACCCCACACCAGAGGAGCUGCAGGAGAUGAUCGAUGAGGUGGAUGAAGACGGGAGUGGCACGGUGGACUUUGACGAGUUCCUGGUCAUGAUGGUGAGGUGCAUGAAGGACGACAGCAAAGGGAAGUCAGAGGAGGAACUGGCAGAGCUGUUUCGCAUGUUUGACAAAAACGCAGACGGUUACAUCGACCUGGAUGAGCUGAAAAUGAUGCUGGAGUCUACAGGGGAGGCAAUAACUGAGGACGACAUUGAGGAGCUGAUGAAAGACGGGGACAAGAACAACGAUGGCAAGAUUGAUUACGAUGAGUUCUUGGAGUUCAUGAAAGGAGUGGAGUAAUCCUGAACAAGAGAAGAGUGUUAUUUUUGUAUUUCUGUGACUCCACGGCCACCUGUGGAAAACUGGAAGCUGACUUGAUAGAAACAUUGGAACGACUUUGCAAGAUUCAGUUGAACACUGACUGAAUGUUUCUGUAUUUUUCUACCAUCUCUUGCAUUGUUGUAAAUACAGUUUGUAACUACUUUUGGUGCCCAUGUGUACUGAAUUUGUGUAAAUGUAUCCAAAUUACUUAUAUUUUCUAUACAGGCCGCAUAGUAUACCAGUUUGGCUGCUUGAAAUAUCAACUUUGUGUUUGUUUCCCUGACUAAAUCUCUGAAACACAGCCAGUUUACAAAUCUUCUUUCUGAGAGGCUGAUAUUGUUUAGCUGGGCAGAAAAUGUAUGUGUGCACGAAGCAGAACAUAACAGUGAGUCAACAUAGUUUUACACCUGGCUCUGGAAGACUAAUCAUUCUUUAAAAGCAACGCACUGGAUCCAGUCUGUCUACUGUACGUUCUGAUGUGCACAUUGUACAUAUUUCUGUACGAUUAAGAUACCCUCAGGACUUUUUAUUCCUCUCUCAUGCUCCUGGAACACCUGCAUAUUUCUACAUCAAAAGUCUGCUUGGAAUAUGCGCUCAUGUAAUAAACA